AUGUCCGCAGCUGACCGGUGGGGCCUACUUGGCCUGCUCGCAAUGAUUAAGAACGCAGGUGUUGAUGCAGAUGGAGGUCUGAGCAGCGUUGGUACGGAUUUAGGUGCAAUGGGACUCGACAUGGGUUACGAGGGAAACCUGUAUUCGACAUUUGUUACGCCGUGGGCAGAUCAAUCUGCAGCCCAUAGCGUUGAACCUGAUUUUCAUCUGCCUCCGUGUUACAGCGCUCAACCGCCCGCAUUAGGACCAGCCAAGGCUGGAGCUUUCAGUGAUGAGACGCUGUUUUUCAUGUUCUAUUCAAGUCCGAGGGAUGCACUACAAGAGAUCGCAGCGCAAGAAUUGUGGAAUCGUAAUUGGCGAUACCACAAAGACCUACGGAUUUGGAUAACAAAAGAAAGCGGCAGUGCUCCAUCAUCAAAAAUCCCAGGGGGCGAAGCAGGAACGUACACAUGGUGGAAUCCCGAUGACUGGUGCAAAGAGCGUAAAGAGAUGAGCGUUCGCUAUGCAGACCUCGAGGAGAAGACAGUCCCAGCAUUCGUGAUGGGACCGGGUCUGGUGUUGGCACAACCCAGUCAAACCAUACCUGGGCAACAGCAAGUGCAGGGUGCCGCAGGGCAGCAGGGAGGAGCACAAUCUGUUGGGCAAGCUAGGAUGCAGAUGGCGGGUAUCUAA